AACCAUUUGUCUAAAAUGGUAUGGGAUUUCCUGCCUGAACAGGAGAUUGGACUAGAAGACCUCAAAGGUCCCUUCCAACUCUGUUAUUCUGAGUAUUUGCACUAUGUAAUAUUAUUUGAACUAUGCUCUUUGAAGACCAUUAACAAUUUGUAUCCAAUUUUUUCUUUCGUUCAUUUUCUUGUAUAGGUUGGAAAGCCUGGUGUAAAUAAAAAAGCUAUUUUUAUAGACUGUGGCUUCCAUGCCAGAGAAUGGAUCUCACCUGCUUUUUGCCAGUGGUUUGUACGAGAGGCUGUUCGAACCUAUGGAAAAGAAACCAUUAUGACUCAGCUUCUGAAUAAGUUAGACUUCUAUGUCUUGCCUGUCUUGAAUAUUGACGGUUACGUCUAUUCUUGGAUACAGAGUCGCAUGUGGAGGAAGACUCGUUCUGUAAAUGCUGGUAGUACAUGCAUUGGUACUGAUCCCAACAGAAAUUUUGAUGCUGCAUGGUGCACUGUUGGUGCUUCAAGAAAUCCCUGUAGUGAAACCUAUUGUGGUAGUAAACCUGAAUCAGAAAAGGAGACCAAAGCUUUGGCUGACUUCAUUCGAAGAAACCGCUCAACUAUCAAGGCUUACUUGACCAUUCAUUCUUACUCCCAGAUGCUCCUUUAUCCAUACUCUUAUACUUAUGAUCUAACAUCAAACAAUGCAAAACUGAAUUCUAUUGCUAGAGCAGCCAUCCGAGAACUAAAAGUACUGUAUGGCACUGAAUAUACGUAUGGUCCAGGAGCUGCAACAAUUUAUCCUGCUGCUGGUGGCUCAGAUGAUUGGGCUUAUGACCAGGGUAUAAAAUAUGCCUUCACCUUUGAACUUCGUGACAAAGGCCGAUAUGGUUUUGCUCUUCCUGAAUCUCAGAUAAAGCCAACUUGUGAAGAAACUAUGAUUGCUGUUAAAUAUAUUGCUGAAUCUAUGCUUUCUUUGAACUAAAAAAAUAGCUUUCCAAGCUGAAUAAAUAAAAUUUAAUGCACAA